AUGAACAUCUAUCUUUGCUUGGCACUCGCCAUCUGGGCGUCCACUUCCACUCCCUCCUCUUUCGCAAGGGACAUCCCAGCAAGGAGCAACAGUAAAUCAUGCAGGAAUCUGGCUGGGGAUGAGGACUGGCCAAGUUCUGCAGAAUGGGCGCAACUAAAUGACACGGUCCACGGUAGACUCAUCGCUACGAAACCACUCGCACAGUCAUGCCAUGUCCCCACACUCGAUGCUACCGAAUGUGCUAAUGUCAAAGCGGAUUGGACGUGGCCGGAUCUCCAGUAUGUACAGGACGAUUGGCUAUGGCGACUAUCUUCUUUUCUAAUCAAAUUCAAUAAUAGUUUCAAGGAUCCAGCGUCGAUAAUGAAUCCCUACUGGCUGAAUAACUCGUGCAGCCCUUUUACAUCGGAAACUUCAGCAUGCACACUUGGAAACAUCGUCGACUAUACGAUCAACGUUACCUCUGCCAAGGAUGUUGCUGCUGGAAUUGACUUUGCUCAAAAGAAGAAUAUUCGGUUGGUCAUUAAGAAUACCGGUCAUGACUUCCUGGGUCGAUCUACCGGGAAAGGCGCAUUGGGUCUUUGGACUCACAACCUCAAAGAUAUUUCCUUCUCUGACUACAACAGCAGCACCUAUACCGGCCGCGCCGUCCGUAUGGGCGCCGGCGUGCAGGCAUUCGAAGCGUACGAGGCCGCUGACGUGGAGGGCGUGCGCAUCAUGGGUGGCUCUUGCCCCACUGUUGGCCUCAGUGGAGGCUACACUCAGGGUGCUGGCCACGGACCGCUCAACGGUGCAUAUGGACUGGCCGCUGAUAAUACGCUGGAGUGGGAGGUCGUUACCGCCGAAGGUGAGCACCUCGUAGCCACGCCCGAGCAACAUUCGGACCUUUACUGGGCCCUCAGUGGUGGAGGAGGUGGCACUUACGCCGUUGUGCUUUCUCUGACCACUAAAGCGCAUCCGGAUAGUCCUGUGGCCGGUGCCACCAUGCAGUUCAACUCGUCCGAUAUUCCACCCGACACCUAUUGGGAUGCGGUCCACACCUUCCACGAAGGCGUAGAAUCGCUCGUCGAAAGUCCUGGCAUGCAUGCCGUAUGGACCCUUACCAAUACAAGCUUCUUCCUCAACUUUGUCACUUGGCCUGACCAUACCGCCGAAGAUGUUGAGGCCCUCCUAGAACCGUUCCGGAAACAUCUCAAGUCUAACAACAUCCCCUACCACAACGAGCAUACCUACCACCCGAGUUUCUAUAGCCACUACUCGCACUUCACGCCCGCAUUGCCGUACGGUGCAUACCAGAUUUCACUACUCCUCGGCGGGCGGCUGAUCCCUCUUUCCACGGUCGAGAACAACAAUGCCGGGCUCACAGCCGCGCUACGCAACAUCACGCAGGGUAAUCGCUGGGUACUGAACGGCCUCUCUUCGAACCUCACACAUGCGCGCGUGGGGAAUAAACCGGAGUCCAACGCCGUGCUUCCCGCCUGGCGCGAUUCGAUCUUCUUUUUCAACGUUGUCCGGGAAUGGGACCCUAACGCGCCCGUAGCCGAGGGCGUCGCGUCCGAGAACGAGCUGACCCGCGAGAUCGUGCCGCAGCUGGAACGCAUCACGCCGGGAUCCGGCACUUACAUCAACGAGGGGGACUUUAACCUCCCGACUUGGAAGGAGGACUACUUUGGCGCCAACUACGACAAGCUGCUGGCUGUGAAAAAGAAGUAUGAUCCAAUGGACUUGUUCUAUGCGAUCGCAUCCGUAGGGAGUGAUGCUUGGACUGUGGCGAGCGAUGGAAGACUGUGCCGCGCCAAAUGA